CUGCAUUAACGGCCGGUCAAGAACGUGAGCUCCGAGGGCCGUUCAUUUAUUACAGGACGUUAGAAGACUCGCUCCGAACAGAGAUUUUAAGAAGUAAAAGCACUAGCAAGAUAACUUUGGAAGGAUAUACACGCUAA